GUUUAACUGUAACAAAUGCCCGUUUGCGAAAGAUUCUGCUGUGGCGAAAGAGACAAGUUUGCAUCUACCUUGACCUUUGUCAUAAUCUUGGCCAUCAGGAUGGCACUCGCGCUGCCAGAUAUCAGCGGACCAUCGGAUGGCAGCAGACGGGAAUGGUGAGGAGCACCAGAAAUGUGGAACGGACAGUUCGACGCGUGUAUCGGUGGCCAUCGUGGAUUUUCGUCGCGAACUGCAGAACCUGCGAACAUCGGAUAUAUUGUGCGAUGUGGUGCUGAAGGGUGCAGAAGACGGCUGUUUAGGGAUCCCUUGUCACCGCAACAUCCUCAGUCUCCACAGCUCAUAUUUUCGAUCCAUGUUUUUAUCGGGAAUGAAGGAAUCCACAGAGAAAGUCAUACAGAUGCGCAACAUCUCCACCAGUGAUCUGUCCGAAUUAGUCGACUACUGUUACAUGGCCGACCUUCUUAUCACUGAAAGCAACGUGCAGUCCUUGCUGAUCGCUGCUUCGUUUCUGGACAUUCCUGCCGUCGUGAAGGCCUGCUGGAAAUUUAUGGAAGAUCAUAUGCACAUCAAGAACUGUCUCAUGCUCUAUUGUUUCGCCAGUGCCGAGGCGCCCAAGAAUCCUGCGAUGGCCGACGCAGCCAAGGCUUUUGUUGUCAAACACUUUGUCGGCAUUUCAGGGGAACCAGAAUUCUUAGAACUGCCAAAAAAUACGAUUAUCGACCUGAUUCGCUCCGAUGAUUUGUAUGUGACGCGCGAAGAUGAUGUAUUGCUCGCUGUACUUCGGUGGCUGCAUCACGAUUUAGGGCAGCGACGAAAGGAGUUUUGGGAGAUUUUGCGGUACAUUCGGUCGUCGUAUCUCGGCCCCCAGGGCAGCGACGAUUACUUGCUGGCCUGCAUUAACGCUUUCAUUGAUUAUUCUGGCGCGGAAAGACGUGUGCAUCCGUCAGAAUACAUCAACGCUUUGCCGGGAUGUAUCAACGAGACAUUCUCCCGGCACGCCGCAAGAAAAUAUUAUGGCGUCGAGAACAUUAUCAUUUGUGCCGGCGGUCAUCGUGAUGGGACCUGGACAUCCCUGCUGGACAGCGUGGAAUGCUUCAACCCACGAACGUCAAGAUGGAAACAACUGGCACCAUUACCGUUCAGCGUCGCCAAAGGAAGCUUGGUGAUCAUUAAGAACGACGUGUUCCUGUGCGGCGGAAUUAUCGGUCAGAACGACACGGAUGUGACGCCGCGGACGAUUCGCUGUAGUCUUAACAAUGCCCUUGCUAGCUGGAGUGAUGUGGCACCGAUGCAGACCGGUCGAGGCGAUGUCGGAUGUGCCUCGGUUGGUGAUCGUAUUUAUGCCAUUGGUGGUCAUGGCAGGGAUAGCCACACGCUAGCCACCGUGGAACGCUACGACGUGGUCGCCAACCGGUGGACGUACGUGGCAUCUUUACCGACGCCCUUGGAAAAGUGCGCAGUCGUUAGUUUUGACGGGCGGCUGUACACCUUUGGAGGUUGUAAGUCGAACACCAGUAGCGCAAUUGAUUCUGCAUUCUGUUACGACCCGAAAGCCAAUAUCUGGAGUGAACUGCCCAAGAUACCGACGGCACGGUAUCGCGCUUCGGUUUGCGUUGGAUCCGACCAAUGGAUUUACGUUAUUGGUGGACGCGGCUCCUGGGGCGGUUUAAGCUGUGUAGAGGCUUUUAAUCCGAGGACUAACCAGUGGAUCAAGAAACGUGACAUGAGUCGUAAACUGAGUUCCGUCGGAACUUGUUGCAUCGGCGACAAACUGUAUGCUCUGGGUGGCUUCAACGCAUCUGGUGAAACGUCCGUCGAAGUGUACGACGUAUUUUUGGACACAUGGACGACCAUUGAAAGUCGGUUGCCGAAUGGAAAAUGGGCUUUUGGCUGUGGUGUAAUCGAAAUCGCCAAAGAUCGCAUACAAGAGUUUUAUGUGUAAGAUGACCAACUGUUGAGCCAGACCAAUGUUUUGCCGCUCCCGAAAGCGUAUGGUUUUUCUUAUAUAGUUAUUUUUUAAAGUUUUUCUGUACGGAGAGGUGGAAAUGCGACUUUUAAACGUUCGUGCCUCAAUUUAUUAUGCUCACCUUUUGGUGGCUAGAAUUAUUGCUGUACUGCUUGCC